ACCAUACUGGAGACAAUGUCUUAGUCAAAUCAUUAAAUCAAUGGACAGCGCAAAAGGCUGCUGCAACGAAGAUGUAAACAAGACUACAACUUGUACCUGUCGUAGAAACUUUCUUCCUACAAAGAUAUCAAAUUACGCUUGUUGUGGAAGUAAACUAUUUAACAAAAACACACAUGUGUGCUGUGAAGACCUGUCAGUCCACCAGAACACCAAUGGUCACAAGUGCUGCUGUACCAAUUCAGAGGACUGCAGUGUCUUUGACCCUACCUAUUUUCAGUGCAAAUCUGGUAACAUUAUCGUGAAGAUACCUGCUGUCAUACAACAUCACAAAUGGCUUUUGAAUGAAAUUGUGCAGCUACUGAAAGAAGUUGUUGACCAUCUGAAACAUGAAAACAAGUACUGAAUGAAAGAAAAAUUAAAACAGGCAGCAGAAAAAUUGCAAAAGUUACAUUAAUACAUUUUACCUUCAUUUGUAAAUAGCAUCUCUUAAAGAUAGAAGUGAAUUGUUGACACUGUCUCUUUUGUGUGUGUUUACAUUAUUCAUCUCCCAGUACAGCUUUAUCCUUUUCAGGGUGGGGAGAGAGCUGCAUCUUGUUGCAGCAACCAAAAAGCAUAAGAAAUAAAAUUAAUCUUUUAAGGGAUGUGUUUGCAAUAUGCACACACAUGAACAUAAACAUACACACACCUAUGUGCAAUUUAUAGGAUCAUCACUGCAGUAGUGGUAUAUCUUGGGAUGUGGGAGUAAAACAGGCUAUAUGAACCACAGAAGCAAGUAUUAUGAGAUAGGAAAAGCUAACCACUACACUACUGUGCUGCCCUUUAUUUUAAUCAUUAAAGCUGAAUCUGUGUGUUUACUAGAAUGACAUGCUGAAUGUAUGCUACUGAAAGAAAUCUAAUAUUUCCCACCUCAGUAAGAAGUAUCCUUUACAAACAUUGCAGCUAUUACAAUUUUUAUGAGGAGGAUUCACAUUAUGUUAAGUAACUGGUCUUGAACAUAAAAAAUAAUUAUCAGUACUUCUUUUAAGUGUCUGGUUCAUGGAAGGCAUUAAGGAUGCUCUGUGUGCUGACAACUGCAUAAGAUAAGACUGAAUUUUCUUAGCCAAGAAAAUGUAUAAAAAGUUCUUAUAGCAUUGUUUGUAUCAGCAUAAAGGAACGUGGAAGAUGGCCUUCACUACCUGUAGCUUUAUACUCCUCAGUUAGAGAAGUGAUAAUAAAAAGCCUUACUUGCACUAAUAAUAAUUCAGAAAUGAUAACUAUAUAUCCUGAAGAAGAUAUUAUUCUUAUACUUAGGCUCAUAAAGAGGCUGUAUUAAGACAUGUCUUUCAGUAAUCUUUCCUUCUUACAGGAGCUAAUUUAGGGCCUUCUCUGAGAGCAGGCAUUCAUUCUAGAGCAAUAUGUAAACAAUACUAUAUACCAAAGAACUACACACAGUCAGAGUAACUGGUAUAAAAGAUUCAUUGGCAAAAUGUAAUUAACUGUAGUGUCAUAUUAAUCUUCCUUCUUUCAGAAAUUGAUUUUUGCAGUUUCCCUGGAUACAAAUUUUUCAUUCGCCAGGAUUAGCCAUAUCCCACCUGGAAAUAACCUUCCACUGUAGAGCAUAUCCUCCACUGGACCUCAAAAACAAAGGUUUUUUGUAGGUAUUGGACAGGAGGUUAGAGGGAUGUAGUAGCCUCUGGAGAUUAUUCUCUGCACCCAUUGAUCAUUUGUAAUAGAGCGCCAGGCAGUUCAGUGCUGAGAAAAAUGAGCCCCGACUGCUUCCAGAGGAAAGCAAUUGGGCAACGCUUCAAGAGCAUUGAUAAGACCACCCAGAGAAGGAAUCUCCAGAGUCUUGGUUUUGGGAACCCCCUCUGCCCCUAAAGGGGUGUCUUCCACCAUUGUAACCCCCUCUGCUCUGGGGGAAUCCUUGCCACAUGCAUUACAGAAAGGACCCUGAGAUUUUUGUGCCACAUUUUUUCACUCCUCUGGUUCCUGGAAAAAGGAACACUGAGGCUUGGAAAAAACAUAGGCCAAUGGCAGGCAGAGUCUUUCCAUCUUGCUCGCACCUGGCUAGUGUGUCCUUCACUUUAGAACCAAAUAAGGAAGAUGGUUCGAUAGGGGAGUUCAAAAAGAAGGACUUGAAGGAGUCCACGAGGUCACAGAUGCACAUCCAGGCAUGACGCUUCAUGACUAUGGCUGCACUUGCAGCUCCGGCCACCCCUUCAGUUGCAUGGAAGAGCAGCUUCAUGGAUGAAUUUGAAAUAGAUUUAAGGGUGGUAAGUUGAGAGGCAACCUUGUCCCAUGCCUCAUCAGAAACUUGACCUGCGAGGGAUCCAGAAAGUUUGGUAAUCAGAUCUCUUUGGAGCCUCGUGAAGUGUCCCAAGUAGUUCAGGGACCUGACAGCAAAGGUCGCUGAAGCAAAGACU